AGCUCGUCUAACACAACACAGAUUCCCCAUUAGUAGUCUUCUUCUUCCUCUGGUUUUUGAGUCUCUCAAUUCAUUGCAUUCAUACACCAAAAUCAGUCAAAACCCUAAUUAAUUCGAUCCGAGAGCUCUUCACUGUCAUUUUCCCCGCCUGUAUUUUCCUGGGUAGGUGAAGGGAGAAAAUGGGGAUCAAAUGGGGCGUUUUGGUGAUACUUGGUCUCGUAAUGGUGGCGAAUCUGGCGAAUGGGGACGAUGAUGAUAAGAUUCUGAAAAAGACGGUGAAGGGGAAGAUGGUUUGCACGCAAGGUUGGGAGUGUCCGGUGUUGUCUGUUCACUGUUGUAAUCAGACGAUUUCAAAGAAUUUCCAGGUUUACCAGUUUGAAGAUCUCUUCCCGAAGAGGAACACGCCGGUGGCUAAGGCCGUCGGAUUCUGGGACUACCAGUCCUUCAUUACCGCCUCCAUUCUCUUCCAGCACCUCGGCUUCUGCACCACCGGAGGGAAACUUAUGCAGAUGAAAGAGAUUGCGGCUUUUCUUGGCCAUGUCGGCGCCAAGACUUCUUGCGGUUAUGGAGUGGCCACUGGAGGACCAUUGGCCUGGGGUCUUUGUUAUAACAGGGAAAUGAGUCCUAUGCAGUCAUACUGUGACGAUUACUACAAACUUACUUACCCAUGCUCCCCUGGUGCUGAUUACUACGGUCGUGGUGCCCUGCCCAUCUACUGGAACUAUAACUAUGGUGCAGCUGGAGAAGCGUUGAAGGUUAAUCUGUUGGAGCAUCCUGAAUACAUAGAGCAGAAUGCUACCCUUGCCUUCCAGGCUGCUAUGUGGAGGUGGAUGACCCCAAUCAAAAAGUCACAGCCAUCUGCGCAUGAUGUUUUCGUUGGUAACUGGAAGCCAACCAAGAAUGACACUUUGUCUAAACGAGCUCCUGGAUUUGGUGCUACGAUGAAUCUUCUUUACGGAGAUUCAAUUUGUGGCAAGGGUGACAUUGAUGAGAUGAACGUCAUCAUUUCCCAUUACCAACACUACCUUGACCUGCUUGGUAUUGGGCGAGAAGAGGCUGGGCCACAUGAAGUACUAACCUGUGCUGAGCAGGAACCCUUUAACCCACCCACUCCUGCUGUCCCCGCCCAAUCAUCCUCUUAAGCUCUCUAUCCUGCUGUUAGAUAGCCUGUUUUGUCCUAAACAAAUAUAUAGGUCCAAUUGUGAGAUUCGAUACCUACUCUCCAAAGGUGAAACAUCAAUAAGAGGUGGUCUAGUGAGAUGCUUCCUUACUCAAGACAUUCUCUACUUUCAUGGCAAGCUAAACUACCCAGUUAAUUUAUAUAAGGUGUUGUUCAAUUUGUUGUUGCUGUGUAGAUUUGAUAUUCAUUUGUCUCAAAACAUCCCAAGGGUACUGUGUGGUUGAUUAUUUGAUGUGUAAUACCGUUUUGCUCUUGUGUAUUCUGUUGGAGUUGCAGACUUGUAAAGUUGAUACAUAAUGUACUCUUUAUUGGUACUCAAUUGUUUGCAUAUUUCAUACAUUA